UCGUUCGAUGGCGCUUACGUCAAUUAUCGACAUCUUGCAGUUUUGUGUGAUACCAUGUCUAAUCGCGGCCACUUGAUGGCUAUCAGUCGACACGGAGUUAACAAAGCAGACCAUGGACCCUUGAUGAAAUGUUCCUUUGAGGAGACGGUGGAGAUGUUGAUGGAAGCGGCAAUGUUUGGACAGGUAACUUGAUAGGAAGAUUAUCUUUCUUUUCUGGUACUAUGAGAUUUUCGAUUAUCUGACUUGAAGUAACUUCGAACUGUGUACUUAUUCCUCAUUUUGUAAUUCAUUUCUCUCUCUUUCUUUCCAAAAAAAAAUUGGUCCAUUAUCUAAAUUUCGCAUUCCCAAUGUCCUUUCACAGGUCGACCACUGCCGCGGUGUUUCUGAGAACUUGAUUCUCGGUCAACUGCCCAACAUCGGAACCAAUGAAUUUGAUAUCCUAGUAGACACCAACUGCUUGCAAGAGGCCAAGCCGACCUAUGAGAAA